CGUCUCUAUUUUUCUUUUCUUCCCCCUCUCUCUGUCUCUCAUUCCGUUUUCCCUCUCUGUCUGUCUGUCUCACUUUUCUUUAUUUUUAGUUUUAUUUCCGCGCUCUCUUAUAUUUUUUUUCUUUUUGCCUCCUCUUCAUCUCUCAUAUUUUCUUUACCUUUUUCCCCUCUUACUUCUCACUCCCAUUCUCCUCAUUUCCCUUGUCUCUCUCUGUCUCUCUCUCCCCCUCACACUCUCUCACCAGCGAUCACAACACAUUUUCGCAUGAAAUGGCCACGGAUUUUACCCAACUCUUUAGUUUGGCACAAGUCUGAAACUUUGGGGCUGAGGUUUAGUUGAUUACAUUGACCCCAGUGCACAACUGGAACUUACUUCAUCAACCUCAAAAAGACGAAAGGCAAAGUUAACCUCAGUGGAAUUUGAACUGAGGUCAUACAAAUGGACAAAAUACCAUUAAGCAUUUCAUCCGGUGUGUUGACAGUUCUGCCAGUUCAUUGCCUUAUGCCAAUCUACUUUCAUGAAAGCCAAGCCAAAUCCAAUUGUUGCUGAUUUCUUGACCUGCUUAUAGAUUUUGCUUUGAAAACUCUUUUGCUUGCAACUUGAACUCACAACCCCAUGGAUACCAAUUACAGUAGUGCAUUUUCAUAUGAAGGAAUAUACUAAAACAUAUCUUACCCUAUGGACACAAAGAGACUGGUUUCCAAGAAAAUGAGUGAAGGGGAGAGUUUCAAAUCUGAAGGUUAUGGUGAUAUGGUGAUAGAGAAACUGAAUAUUUUGCGCAACAACAGUGAAUUAUGUGAUUUCAAAGUAUCUGCUGAAGGAAAAGUCUUUGAGGUUCACAAGGCAUUACUGGCAGCUGCUAGCGACUACUUCCGAGUGAUGUUCCGAGGUAUGAUGGCCGAGAGCAAGCAGGACACAGUGGACUUGAAAGGUGUAACUGCUGAUGGACUGCAACAGGUGAUAGACUUCAUAUACACAGGUAAAAUGUCGCUGUACUAUGACAACCUCACCGAAAUCAUCAACACAGCCAGCCACCUGCAAGUGUCCUACGCCCUCGACUUGUGCAGCAACUACAUCAAAUCUCUCAUGACAUUUGACAAUGCCGAUGACUUCCUCAGUAUUGCUGACACAUAUUCUCUGGAGAAAGUCCUACUACAUUGGGAUGAUAUGAUUUUAUCAAACUUUCAUGAAUUCAGCAACAGCCAAGCAUUUCUCAAACUCAGUGCUCAAAAACUUGUCAAGUACCUUUCGUCCAAUUUGUUAUGCACUGUCUCCGAGUAUCGUUUGUAUCAAUGCUUAGAAAAGUGGCUGGCUGUAAGUCCGUCACGUAUUACAACUGACAGCAGCAUCCUUAUGCCUCAUUUACGUUUUCCUUUAAUGUCUCUCAUCGAAUUAACAUCAAUUAAGGACAGUGAACUUUUCCAGAAGGUGCCCAAUGGAGCGCAGUAUAUUGCCAAAGGCUUCCAAUAUCACAUUGACUGUAAACAGGGACAUCCUGUCAUCGACGAGUCAUCAACAAUCCGGACUAAUACAUCGAGUUUGGUGCUUGUGCACCAUGGAACAGCAUACAUGCCGUUUCAAGUAACAUCUUACAAUCCGGAAAACAAUAAGUUUUUCCGGCUUUUUUCUGAUGUCAAUGGCAGCAGGGACUGUCGUAUUGCCGUCAUUGACAAUUUUGCCUAUAUUUGCCGUGUUGUUGAUUUUGGUGGCGGCACUCUUAUGAGUUCAUUAUUUAGAUUUGAUCCGCGACACUUGGUUGGGCAGGAAUUGCACCCAAUGAAACAACUCCGACUUGAUUUUGCACUCACUGCACAUAAGCAUUGUCUCUAUGUGUUUGGCGGUUCAACUGAACAGUUUGCCAUUCUUGACUCAGUUGAGUGCUACAAUGUCAAGACCAAUAUGUGGGAAGAGCUGUUGUACCUGCCCAAUCCGGUCCACUCCUUAGCGACAGUUGUCCACGAGACACGAAUCUAUCUGUCAGGUGGGGUGACAGGCCAGGAGAGGCAGGCCACAAACAGCUUUAUGUGUUUCAACAUUCUCACGCACAGAUACGAGGUGAAGCCGGGCAUGUUCUAUGCGCGUCGACUCCACGACAUGGUAUCUUUCCAGGAAAAGAUAUAUGUUCAUGGUGGCAUUCCAAGACAAGGAAUCCCACUACACGGCCAGAUUCCAAUCGAGUACUUUGACUUGGCAUCAGAACAAUGGACCAUUUUGACCUCGUCCACUCUGAGUGGACGUUCUGUUGGACACUAUAUAGUGUUUGAGAAUCAGGUUUUGUGCUUAGGGCACGAGCAUCACCGAGCUACAGAAGAUGAGAUUUGGGUCUACGACACCGUGGUUGACGACUGGUCUAAGUAUACAAAAGCCCCGCAGCGAAUGAGUUUGACCACUGCAGUAUGCAUCCAGAUGCACAUAAACUUUAAUGAAGAGAAAGUGGCCAAGAUGGUGUUGAAAGACAAAUGAGUUCUAACUGAUAUUACAAAAAAUACCUCCAAUAGGCUAGAUAUCAUUGCCUCUCACAGGCUUGAUAUCAUUGCCUUCUGACAGGCAGGAUAUCAUCAAUCACUGAUAGAUCAAUAAAUAAGCCUGAUAUCAUUACCUCACAUAGGCAGAGACAGUUGCCUCCUCCAGGAGGCUAAUAUCAGGCUGAUAUCAUUACCUCACACAGGCUGACUUUGAUAUCUCUACCCCUAACAGGCUGAUGUUACUACCUCCAACAGGAAGCUGAUGUCACUACCAGUUUGAGGCCAAUAUCAUUACCUCAUACAGGUUGAUAUCAAUUCCUCAGACAGGCUGAUAUCAUUUACCUCAUAUAGUAGCACUUUAUUAUUAUUAUUUUUAUGAUUAUUAUUAUUAUUAUUAUUAUUAUUAUUAUUAUUAUUAUUAUUAUUAUUAAUAUUAAUAUUGAUAUAUAUAUACUUUUUUUUUGGCAGUCUGGGCGAUUUUACUGUUCGUUUUAUUUUUAAUUAAAAAAAAUACAAUACA